CUUCAUAACUCAUGGAGACAUCGCAAACGAGACUAGGCACAUAAAUGUUCACAACACACCAGCUGAAACUACAACUCCUUGCAUUAAGUUUUCUUACGUUACCUCUAAUGAGUUAUUUUACUGUUUAAGUAAGCUACAAGGCCACAACUGUGAAGAAUUUUUGACAAUACCAUGUGGAACCGUGCAGUCAGAUUUGCCUUUAGCGGGUUCAAAAGGAGUUUAAUUAUUUGAGCUUUAAACAUUUUCUCGUGUCGCCUGGUUGCCCAGGAUUUACGAAAAGCGAUAAAACAUCGUUUUGGAUUGCCUUUUUACAGACUGAAAUAUGAGUCAUUUGGAUCCAGGACCCUUAGCCAAAUACAACAGCUUGCAAGAUAAGCAUCUGGCUGGCUACUUUGGGAAUACAAAAAUGAAAAAACACCUUGUGAAGUCUGGUUUGAUUAAGAAGAAUGGAGAGAUUGUUGAUAACAACGCCUAUAGACUGAAGAUGGCGAAGAAGGAGCACAAAAGUCACGUCAGGGAUCUCCUAGCAACAGCGAUUGUACACAAAGCACUGGACCUUGAGAGAAUGAGGCAAUACGAAGUAAGAAAAAAACUCGACGAACUGUACAAAGUAGAGCUGGUCAAGAGAGUAAAGAAUGAAACAUCAAGGAAAGGAGAUGAAGAUAUAAUACCGUUAUUACUUCCGCGACCUCAAACCGGUGCCAGACCUCGCAGCCAUCCAGGGUCAGCUGAACGUAGAAGAAGGGAAAGUGACAGCAGUUAUUCUACUACGGAAGACUCGUAUGAAAAGGAGGCUCUCCCUGAUAUAGAGUUCGAUAAUCAGAAACGGAGGCUGUUUGCUAAGAGUGCUCCUCCUGAAGGUCGGGCAGCUAGAAUUGUUGACGAUGAUAACACUCCGUACCAACGGCGCCAUACCCACCCUCAUCCACCUCGGAAAAAGAAAGAAUCAAGAAGAAAGGUCCCCAGGGGGCUGAUUUUGGCAAGAACAGAUACUGCAAUUGCACACAAAGUUCAGCUUCAAUCACUAGCUGAAGUUACUAUUAAGUUUGUUGGACCACAACUUCACUUGACAAACGACAUGUUUUCAAAUCACAAGCUGCAUGAAGUCACUGUCCUGCAGCAACAUUGUGGAGGCAGCACUCUGUGCGUCUUCAGGGAAUUGCUUCCUCCGACAACCUCGUUUACGUUCAUUUCACGACGGCAUCGAGGUGCUCCAUUCGGUUUGACGAUUUAUAUUGAUGGUGUCCAGGACAUUCGCGUUAGCAGCUGUUGUGAGUAUAAGCAUAAACCUGGAUGCAAACUUGGUGGCAAGAAUGCCAAAUUCGUCUUUGUUGGCACUACUGGAGCAGCCCCGUGUUACAAAUGUCAAGUUGCAUUCUCCGUUGCACAAGAAGCCCAUUCAGGGAAGAAAUCUUCGAGAAAAAGAUCAUCGUCUUCAAAGAAAGAGAGCGAGCCAGCAGCUGAUGACGUCACUUCCAGUCCUCCUAUGGUAGUGGAUAUUAAAGUUAAAGAGCCGGAUGAUACUGAAGAGAGUAAAGAAGAUGCUCCAAAAGAGGAAGAUAAGGAUGAAGAAGAACCCGUUGAAAGGCCAGAAUCUGCAACGAAGAAUGAUAUAUCUACUCAAACCGGCGAAGAUCUUGCAUCGUACGCAGAAGAACAAGGAAAGGUGGAAGAAAAAGACGAAAAUGAUGAAAAAGAAGGAGAAGAAGAUGGAAAAGAAGACCAAAAAGGUGACAAAGAUGGCGAGGAAAACGAUAAAGAAAAGCCUAAUGAAUACGAUGAUGAUGAAUUCGAGGUUGAGAACGAAACAGAGACUGAUAAGGAGCAAACCGGUGAUGAUGAAAAACUUGGAGAGAUUGAAGAAGAUAAAAAAAGUAAUCAUUCUCACUCGGAUUCAGAAUCUAGUAGCUCUGAUAGUGAAAGUGAAAUUGAAGAAGAAGAAGAUGACCGAGAGAAAGAUAAGAAAAAUGAGCAGAAAGAGAAUGGUGAUGAAAAAGAAGAGGAAAAUGUUCACAGCGAUUCAGCUAAAGAAGAUGACGUUGCUGAAGAGACAAUGAAGGAAGAUGUCGAUGAAGAAACGAAAGACGAAACUGCUUCUGAAAUUGAAGAUGAAACAGCGAAAGAUGAAGCAAACAGUUAUGCUGAUGGUGAACAAACCAAAGAAGUUUCAGUUGCUUCUGAUGUUGAAGAAGAAAACAAACCGAAGAUUGAAGAAGAAUCAACGCCUAAUAUUGAGGAAGAGAGUGCAAGAAAAGAUGACGCGUCAUCUGAAAUCGAGGGAGAAGGUCAAAGAAAAGGUGGCGCUUCAUCGGAUGUAGAGGAAGAAGAUAAAAAAAAAGACGACACAUCAUCUGGAGUGGAGGAGGAAGAUCUAAAAAUAGCUGGCACGUUAUCUAAAGUAGGGGAAGAAGAUGAAAGAAAAGGUGACACGUCAUCUGAAGUAGAAGAGGAAGAUGCAAGAAAAAACAGCGCAUCUUCUGAAGUUGUGGCAGAAGAUUCUAUAAAGCCUGACACAUCAUCUGAAGUAGAAGACGAGAGUGGAAGAGAAAAUAUUGCAUCUCCUGGAGUUGAGGAUGAAGAUGAUUUAAAACACGGCACAUCAUCUGAAGUGAAAGAAGCAACAUUAACUGCUGAAGAAGACGACGGAGUCCAGGUUCAAAUUGAAGUUGCUAAAGAGCCAGGUGAAGAGGUUGCUGGAGAUAAAAAUAGUACUGAUUCAGAAGAUGAGAAGACUGAAAGCCUCAAAAGUGACACAGAAUCUUCGUCAUCCGAGGAUGAGAAGAAAGAGGACUCCAGUUCCAGUGAAGAUUCAUCUCAUUCUGAAAAAGAAGAAGACGACAGGAGCCAAGCAAAAGAAAAUAGUGAAAAGCCACUUGACGAUUUCGAUAAAAGAGAAGAGAAUGAUACCGCCAAGGAAGAAGUUGACGGGCCUAAAGAGGAUGCGAGUGGCAGUGAAGUAGAGCAAGUGAAGGCAGAAGAUGAUGUUGCAUUGAAAGUUGCAGACUCUGAUGAGAAAGAAAAUGAUGCCCCUCUUGACGAUACAAAGGGCAAUUCAGAAGAGAAUCAACAAGAAACUGAAGAAGAGAAAAUUGAUCCAAAUGAAGUAGAAGCUGAGGAAGCUUCAGCUGAUUCUGAGAUUAAAGGUGUCAGCGAUGUUCAGGCAGAAGAAAAAGAGAAUACAGGGGAAGAGGGCGAACCAGAAGAAAAGAAAAAGGACGACACUGAUACAGCAGAGCAAAAUGGAAAGAUUGACGAACAAGAAGAUCAGAAAGAAAAAGAAAGUGAAGGAGACGACACUGUUGCUGAUACAGAAGGCGAUGUUGAGAAUAAAGGCACCGAAGAAGAUGGCAAGCAGGCUGGAGAAGAAGAAGUUGCUCAAAGCCUCGAGGACGACGAUAAAUCUAAAAACGAAAAUGAAUUGGCUGAUAACUCAUUUGAGGAAGAUAAAGAUGGCUCAACCGAGAAAGAAGAACAUAAUGAACCAGAGAAUGCAACUUCAGAGGAAGGAGAAGAUGUUAAGAAGGAUAAUUUGGAAGAAGAGGUGCAGGAAGAGGAGGAGAAGGUUGUUGAGCAAGAACUUUUGGAUGAAAUGGAAAAGAUCAAAGAAAUUUCCGAUAGCGAAGGACUGGAUAAAGGUAAUGAUCCAGAUGGCAUUGAAAAAACCGGCGAAAAUGAUGACGCCCCUGCAGAACCAAACACAAAACAUGAAGGGCCUGUUGCACCUUUGAUCGAAAACACAGCUGACAUGGAAUUAAGCAGCGUUGCACUUUCUUCUGAUCAGGUCGACGAGAUUUCAACUGUCUUAACAAAGAACUCUGACAACGUUGACAGCUUGUCCUUGAGGAACGUAGCAUUCAAUGACGAAGACAUUGGCAAGAUCAAAGAAGCUGUGAAGAAUGCAAAAAAUCUUAAGAUGCUCAAUCUCAACCUGAACAGCGUUGGCCCUGCUGGAGCAAAGCACCUUGCUGAACUUAUAAAAGAGAACCAAAACCUGAAGAUGCUAAUGCUGCAUGGCAAUCAGCUUGGUGAUGAAGGCGUCACGUACAUCGCAGAAGCAUUGGUUGGUGAUAAAAACAUUAAUACUCUGGAUAUUGGGGACUGCAAAAUAGGUGACGGAGGAGCCUUGAAGAUAGGCCAUUUGCUUAGCAACAAUGAAGAAAUCACGGAUUUGAAUCUAAGUGGAAAUUUGAUUGGCAAAGCAGGAUGGGAAGCGAUUGCCGAAGGAAUAAGAGUAAAUAAAUCGCUCACGACAUUAUCCGUUGAUUUUAACAAUCUUCUUGAUGAAGGAACCGAGAUUUUGUGUGAAGGAAUAAGGGACAAUUCAUCGUUGAAAUCAAUAGAUUUUGAAGGAAACAAGAUAGGUGAUAUCGGAGGCAGGAGGAUCUUAGCUGCAGUCAAAAGCAAUAAGAACAUACGAGAUGUGACCCUGAUGCCUUCGAAUGACAUUAGUUUGGAGCUUCAAGAAGAUAUCAAGAAUGUUUUACGGGAGAGAAAUCAAUGAAGGAACAAGUUUGAUCAUGGGGCUUUGUGUAAUCAUACAAUUGUUCAGUGUUAAACGUUUUUUUGCAAAAGAUUCGAAUUAAGCAGCUAGGCUUGGGCAAGGGCGGCAGAGGUUGCUCCCUUUUGUCCUUAUUUUGGGGAAAAGUUAGGAAGUAGGAUGUCAAUUUAAGGAGAAAUGACUCAUUUACUAAGUGCGUUGACUUAAAGGUUAGUUCAAAACAGCUAGACAUGUCAAUACUUCAAUUUUCUGUUGGAUGGGGGAGUUUUUUUGUAAUGGCGUUUCCAUAGAAUUCUUGCAUUCGGCUAUUUAAUUAAGUUAAUGUUUAUUUAACCUUGAGAAGUCCAAUUUUCUUCUGAAUAACGUUUGCAGCAUUGGAGGUAAUAACACCUUCCAUUUUUGAGGGUUCUUAUACUUGUAGGCACAAACGGAUGUUAGGUAAUGCUCUUUAACAGUCUGCGCAUAAACCGAGAAGAAUUUGUUUAGAGUUUUACAAAGUCCAGAAUUUUCGUUGUUUCUCUGACAAAGAUACUUGGCACCAAUCAGUAACUGUCCACUGCUUUACGGCCACCGUUACUCGUAUCUUAUCCUUUUCAAUCCCCUCGGUUGAUGCCAGCUUCAUUCAAGAAGCAGUUCAUUCUUCCAAAAGACUAUAGAAGUGCGUCCAAAACCAACAAUUCCUAGGGAAGUUGGAGGUAAACAAUAGGGUUUCCGCCAAAGUUGUACGAGAAUUCGAUGGGAUGAUUUUCUUCCUCUAUUUUGUAUUCCAGUGUCGUGCUACAAACCUUAAGUCUGAAGGUACCGUUUAGUUCUAAACCAUUUCCCAAGGAGUUCGUUAACUGGGCUAAUUCAACCUCCAAUUCCAACUCCCAUCUCUGUAUUUGUAAUCAAAGAAUCGAAUGGCCAAGUUCAUUUUUGAGAGGACCCUGAAGAGAACUUUCUCUGUAUUCGAAUAAGAAAACGAACUUACAUAAAAGGCCAACUCCCCUUACUUAUCCUUUUGUUUCCAUUCUCCCUGCAUGCUCUCUAGGGAGGUGAUCACAUGCACAGCAAAGUGUUGAUUUUUAUCUGUUGCAUUAUUGAAACAUUUAUUUCAAUGAGAAUAAAUAUUGAUAUUGGUGUCGCCCCAAUUUCACUUCAAUUUAGAAACUUUGCUUGCUGAUCUACAGAACUUACAACAUUUUUUUAAAUUCUUCUGUAUGUUGAUAUAACAAACAAGGUUGUAAAUAUUAUACACUUUCUUUUUAUGAGAACCAGUAAAUUUAAGUUCA